UUUUUCUGUCAUUUUUACAUUUUAUUUUUGGUUUAUUUUACUUCCGCAAUUCCGCGCUCGAUUCGGGGAAAUACAGCUUGUUCACAUUGACCUGACGAGAACAUAAUGUUGCGUGCAACUUCCUUCACCGCCAACAAGGCACUGCUGGCCUCCUCUACGGCCAAGGCUCCGACAGCUCGCCUGGCCGCCCGCUUUACCACUAAGCGUUUUGCAACAACCCCGACAACACCCAUUACCCCUGUGGCGACUCCGGCGACUUCAGCAACUCCAGUGACUUCAGCAACUCCAGUGACACCUGUAAAGCCAAUAACAACACCGCCAGUCACUCCUGGCGCUUCGAUUCCGACCCCGACCCCGACCCCAACCCCAGUUAAGGCCGGAGUCCGUGACCCCAAAACGGCUUUUACCUCGGCGCCUAAGCCCUCGAAAAAGAAGACGCACAAGAUCCGCAACACUGCCCUUCUUGCAUUGCUCGCCGGAUCUGGGUUUGUGGCGGCGGCAGCCUACGCGCAGGAGGACGUGGAGUUUGGCCAGAAGUUUGAGCACUUUGUUCCGGGAGCCAAGAGCUUUAUGCGCUUGACCAGGUACCAUGACGACAGCCUGAUAAUGGCAAUCAGCGACGUAGGAUACCACGCGUACACCGACAUCGUGUACACCAGUCGCUUCAUCUACAGCCAGCUCUACAGCCUGCUGAACAUGCUUCAGCACAACAACUGGAAGGGCGCCGCUGACGGCGUGAGUGCCCCGGCAGAGGCCGGUCGCAAGCGCGAUUCCGCCGUGCCGGCAAAGCCUAAGAGCACCCCAGCGGAUACUCUGGCCGUGGCCCCGAUGAGCGUCAUCCAGCUGGCGGUUGAGAUCCCGCCUCUGCAGACCGACAACGCCAUAGUCGCCAGCCUGUCAAAGACGCUGACUGCGGUUGUCUCAGCAUUCAACGAUAAGGGCCUGGCACCGGAGAACGUGCAGCAGCUCAAGGCACUCAGCGACUCGCUGGUUGCCCUGGACAAGCACCUAAGCGGACUUAAGGACGAGGAGCGGAUGCUCGUUCAGGCUGCGCUCGCCGAGGAGCAGGGCAAGUUUGAGGCAACUUUGUCUGAGUUCCAGAAAACCGCCCGUGCGGCUCUGCUCGCUCGCGAGGCGCAGUUCAUUGAGACCCGGGACAACCAGCUCAAGGCCGCUGCCUCUGCCGCUGAGGAGCGCAUCGCCAAGGAGCUUGCUGCACAGCGCGAUCUCCUUGAGCGCCGCUUCAACCGUUUUGUCCGUGCGCGCGUCGACGAGGAGCGCGGUGGCCGCCUGGCGCACCUCGACCGUGUGGAGUCGCAGCUCCGCCAGCUCGUUCAGAUGGCGCAGGAUAGUGGCGAUCUGAUUCGCCAGUCACGGGCCGUGUCCAAGCUCAGUGUGGCUGUCUCUGCUCUGAAGAGUGCUGCCGUGGGCGCCCAGCUGUCAGCUCUGACCGGCGCCGCGACCACUGAUUUCCCCGCCACCCGUGCUGCGUUUGCGUCUAUUCCGCGUGAGGUCGCCGAGCAAGGCAUCCCGUCGCAGGUUGAGCUCGAGGACCGCUUCAACGCUGUGCGCAAGGAGAUUCGUCGCGUGUCGCUAGUUCCAGAGGACGGUAACUUCGGAUCUCAGGUCCUGUCGGCCACUCUGUCAAAGGUCAUGUUCGAGAAGGAGGGGCUUGUUGAGGGCGAUGACGUGGAAGCUGUUCUUUCGCGCGCUGGGCACUACCUGAAGCAGCACAAUCUUGACAUGGCUGCGCGCGAGCUCAACCAGCUGAAGGGGUGGCCCAAGAAGCUGUCCGAGGACUGGAUUGCGACUGCCCGCCGUAGACUGGAGGUCGAGCAGGCCAUCGCUGUGGCUGAGUCCGAAGAGCUGCUGGCCAAACUGACCCUUAUCUAGAUUUAUUUUCACACAAAAAAAUAAGUUUUCCAAAUAUAUAUUUUCACUUGUUC